GUGCUCAAAGCCCUAUCUCACCGUACACACCGCGUCCUUUCAUCUAUCAUCAGUCGCAACCGUUUGUUGACUUUUGAUACUCAUCACCUUCUUCCGGGACCUAAUCGUUUUUGAGACUUUAUUUCACAUUUUCUUCUCACAUAAACAUCAAAAUGGCUGAGGCUGCCCCACCGACCUUUAAGCUUGUCCUUGUUGGUGACGGUGGUACUGGAAAGACCACCUUCGUCAAGCGUCACCUUACUGGCGAGUUCGAGAAGAAGUAUAUCGCUACUCUCGGUGUCGAAGUGCACCCUCUCACUUUCACUACCAACCUGGGAACCAUCCAGUUCGAUGUGUGGGAUACUGCCGGUCAGGAGAAGUUCGGUGGUCUGAGAGAUGGAUACUAUAUCAACGGCCAGUGCGGUAUCAUCAUGUUCGAUGUUACCUCCCGUAUCACCUACAAGAACGUCCCCAACUGGCACCGUGAUCUCGUCCGUGUCUGCGAGAAUAUCCCCAUCGUGCUGUGCGGCAACAAGGUUGAUGUCAAGGAGCGUAAGGUGAAGGCCAAGACCAUCACCUUCCACCGCAAGAAGAACCUCCAGUACUACGAUAUCUCCGCUAAGUCUAACUACAACUUCGAGAAGCCCUUCAUCUGGCUUGCUCGGAAGCUGGUCGGCAACCCUACGCUGGAAUUCGUUGCUGCCCCUGCUCUUGCUCCUCCCGAGGUCUCGGUCAACCCGGACCUUUUGAAGCAGUACGAGGACGAGAUGCGACUUGCCCAGGCGCAGCCUUUGCCCGAUGAGGAGGAUGCCGACCUGUAAGCGUGAGAUCGAUGAAUGGAUGGGGCUGGACAACCGUUAUGGCGUCCCUCCCAACAUGUUGGGUUCGUUAUGCAAGGUCUUGAAUUACGAUACAACGAUAGCGAUCAGAGGAUGGGUUUGCGGAUGACGGGGGGAUGAUUCUGCGUUUUCCAUAUAAGUACUAGUAGUCUAGACUCUCCACAAAGUUCUUGAUUUUUUUUUUGAAACGAUAGCACUGUUGACAGCAGAAAAGAACCACAACAUGCCCUGUGAUUGUUGGCUAUUUUAGCAUAGCCCAUUUGAAAAAACAACAAAAGCAUUAUCAUUUAUUUCACAGAAAAGAACCAGAAGAAAGAAAAGACACGGAGUAUACUUAGACUCAACUAAUGUAUAGACUGGAUGCACAGACAUUAUCAACUGUGCCAGUGGGGGAUAUGUCAUUUUCCCCAUUCAAACGUGAACAGUAAUAAUUAUGAUAUAUGAUACUAUACAUGAUGUCAAUAUUUCUGGAUGGUGUUAGGAAGUGUUGGAUACCUAGGUAUUGAAUAUGAUAUGCCUGAUUGGGGAAAGCUGUCGACGCGACCUCAGACGGGACUCAAAAUUCACCUACAAUGAAGAAUAGUAGUAGUAGUAGUAGUAGUAGCUACUGGUGUAUGUUCACUGGUGGAGACUGUUUGAGUGCAAGACUUCAUAUACUAG